AUGAAAUAUGGGGAAAUUAUACAGGAUUUGGCAGUGAGGGGUCAUAAUUGGAAAUUCUAUGAUGACAAUUUUUGUUUUUUAAGACAAGCGCAUGGCGCUUUGUUUCCCUGGGACAGGAUCCAUGGUGAAUUAUGGCUUAAGUCACAAAAUGUUCUGCAUAAAACCUCUCCACCGCAAUUUUCUGCACCGCAGCGCACAAAGCCUGAUUCCAUCCCAAAGGGCUACUGUUUUCGUUUUCAUAAAGGCCGCAAAUGCCCUCAGGGUUGUGCUUUCAAGUAUCUGCUAUAGGUGUGAAGGGUCGCACGUGGUGACUAAGUGUAAUUUUCGUGACUCGGCCAAACUCAACCAUUCCCAGCCUCAAGCUGCCAAAUCCUUUCUUACCCAGCCUUCCCACCCCAAUAAAAGUUAAUAGAUUAGUUUUUCUUCUUGAUGGGUACACACCUUCCACUGUUGAGUUUUUAUUAUCAGGUUUUACUAAGGGUUUUCUGGUACACUUUGAGGGUGAACGUACUUCGCAAACAGCAACAAAUUUGUUAUCAGCUCUUGAAAAUCCUGAAGUGGUUGAUGCUAAACUUGGGAAGAAGUUGGCGGCCCAUCAGCUUGCUGGCCCUUUCUUAUCCCCUCCACUGUCCCCAUUUCGGAUAUCCCCUUUGGGCAUUGUACCAAAGAAAGUUCCAGGUGAAUUUAGGUUAAUCCACCACUUGUCCUUUCCUAAAGGUUCAUCAGUUAAUGAUGGCAUAUCCCCUGAGCACACCAGUGUUCGAUAUGCUACCAUCGAUGAAGCUAUCAAACUGAUUAUGAAGGCCAAGGUUGUUUUUUGGCUAAGACAGACAUUAAAAAUGCUUUUUGAAUCAUCCCAAUUCACCCAAUUGAUUAUGGUCUGUUAG